ACCAAAUCUCCCUAAUUUUGUUUUCUGCAAAUUACAAUGGUGGUGAAGGUCUAUGGCCCUGACUAUGCUAACCCAAAGCGGGUGAUAGUGUGUCUCAUUGAGAAAGAAAUUGAGUUUGAAACAAUACAUGUUGAUAGCUUUAAGGAAGAGCAUAAGCAGCCUGAAUACCUCAAAUUGCAGCCCUUUGGAUUGAUGCCAGUUAUUCAAGAUGGUGAUUAUACUCUUUAUGAAUCAAGGGCAAUACUUAGGUACUAUUCUGAAAAGUACAAAAACCAAGGGACUGAUUUGUUGGGGAAGACUAUAGAAGAGAGGGGCCUUGUGGAGCAAUGGCUUGAAGUUGAGGCCCAUAACUAUUACCCACCAAUCUACAACUUGGUUAUGCAUGUUUUGGUUCACCCAUAUAAGGGGGAGCCAUUUGACCCAAAAGUUAUUCAAGAGAGUGAAGAAAAGCUUGGGAAGGUGCUUGACAUUUAUGAGGAGAGGCUAUCCAAGACAAAGUACUUGGCAGGGGAUUUCUUCAGCCUUGCUGACCUUAGUCAUCUCCCAUUUACUCAUUAUUUGAUGAAUCACAUGAAAAAGGGGUAUAUGGUUAGAGAAAGGAAGCAUGUGAGUGCUUGGUGGGAUGACAUUAGCAAUAGGCCAUCUUGGAAGAAGGUUCUCCAGCUAUACAAAGACCCUAAUUUUUAGGUGCUUAGCUAGAGGAACUAGCUUUUGUGUUUUCUAUGACCUUGAGAAUAAAAUGUUCCCUUGUCUUCAUAAUAGUAGUUGCCUAGUUGGAAGGAGUUUGGUAUGAAGCUAUGUAUGAUACUAAAGUUAUCUAAGAG